AUGGCCAAUGACAAGCCAGCGCAAUCUACAUGUCGCUUCUCCACCCGCAUCUCCAUACGAUGGCUUCCAGAGCCCGCCCAGGAGACAACAGAUACAAUCGUCAUGUCCGUGAAGGACUGGUACCUAGAUCUCCGAAUGGAGAACGGAAUUGGGAAAAUUGACUGGGCAAUCGCAGGACAGAGGAUUGUUGAAAGCCAGGAGCCAUUGCAAGUUUCCUUUUCUCAUGAGCUCGACUCCCACAAUGCAUUUGAGAGUGUUGAUUGUGGAACUUUUGUCUCGCUGCCAAAUGGGGAUGAUCUCGAAACGGGGGUUAUGCCUCGUCCUGAUGUCCCCGGAGCACCUGAGACCGAGUACGAGGAAGUAUGGCGGGAGCUGCCUUUUAGAGAGGGACCCGAAGGUGCUAAAAAGGGUCUUUCCUGGGUCCUUGAGUCGGAUGAUGAAGAGCUCGGAAAGGGGGAGGGCACCGUCAUCGUUACUAAAACCUUUAUCGGUCGCAUCUGGGGGACAUAUCUGGCGCUGCAGCAGACCCAGACUCACAUGCGACAGAAAGAUGACUCAGGAAACCUCGUUGUGAAAAAGUCGGGAGCUGACGUUAGUGCGCGAAGGGAAGAGUGGGAAUCAGAGUGGAAAGAAAAAUAUGUAGUCGGCACAUCGGCGGGCGACCUACCUUCAAUGCGGACCGAAUUCGAAGGAGAAGGGCAGGGACCAUGGAGAAUACCCGGAGAGAAGGUCAAAGUUCAAGGGAAGACGUACAUAGUUCGAGCAUUUGAGGAGAUUGAAUGA